GGGGUUGUCGCCGAGCUGCAGCUCUUCCUUAUUAGUGGUUGCAUUAGUAGUUGUGGUGCAUUAGUUACUAUCAUUACUCGUUCCAAGGUUAACGACUACAUAUGUUACAAAUGACCGGUGAACCUCAGGUGAGUCUCAGGUGAGCCGCGCAUCAGGAGCUAUAAGGUGGAGGUGUGAGCGUCCACUUUCCAGGGCUGGAGAGUCUAUACCUGCGCGGGACUUCCUUGUUCUGGCCUGGCGGGCAGGUGUUGUGCCGCCCCUCCGGCCCGAGAUCAGCUGUUGCUCUCAGCUGCUCUCCGGCAGCCCGUCGUCAACACCAGUCAGUGUGAGUCCGGCUGUGUGAGGGGAGGGUUGCCGCGUCUCGUCCGCGCUCCGGCGUUCACCAUGUGUCACAUAUUGUCACAGUGAUUUUUAUGUUGGAAGUGACUUAGGUGGUGGUGGAGGUGCGGGUGUGGGAGUGUACCAGUGUGAGGGACCCGCCGGCUGGCAGCCUCUGGCCUCAUGUUGAGGAGCCUGCGAAGCAUCGACAGGUAUACUCGCGAGGUGUUCCACUCCAGCUCCGAGUCGUGCAAGCGGCCGCCGUACAGCAGCCUGGGCGCGGGGGCUGGACACGCCGCCACCUACGACUGGAUCUACCGCGGCUCGGGGGCGACUAUGCCUCCCCUGGUGCGGCCCCACGACCCGACCGCGGCGGCCUACCUCAUGGGGUCCCCCGAGGGCGAGGUGAAGACCAAGCUCAAGUGCGUGCUGGUCGGGGACGGCUCGGUAGGCAAGACUUCCCUCGUCGUGUCCUACACCACCAACGGUUACCCCACGGAGUACGUCCCCACCGCCUUCGAUAACUACAACGUCGUGGUGAAUGUGGACAACCAGCCGAUCAGACUGCAACUGUGCGACACGGCGGGUCAGGAUGACUUCGACUCGCUGCGCCCCCUGUGCUAUCCCCAGACGGACGUGUUCCUGGUGUGCUUCAGCGUGGUAUCGCCAACCUCCUUCCACAACGUACGGGAGAAGUGGCUGCCGGAGCUGCGUCAGCAUAAUUCUCGCCCACCCAUCGUGUUGGUGGGGACUCAGAGCGACCUCAGGACGGAUGUGAAGGUCCUCAUAGAGCUGGCGCAGUACCGGGAGCAGCCAGUGUCUGAGGUGGCAGCACGGCGCUUGGCCCACCAGAUAGGAGCUGUAGGAUAUGUCGAGUCCUCGGCUCUCACGCAGCGGAACCUGAAAGAAGUGUUUGACCAGGCUAUUCUGGCAGCACUGGAGGCACGCAACCUUCCUAUGCUGACACGUGGGGGUUCCUCAAAGCGUUCCUUCUCAAGACAUAGGAAACUUGGCGGUGGGGGCAGCAUGCGUGGUGGAGGUGCAAGAGAUGCUGCAACGGAGCCCCUCAACAGCCACCACUCCCCCACCAACACCCUUGACUACACUGAUGACACUCACACCAGGAAACGCGGCUGGAGGAAGCUGUGUUGUUUCUCCUGAUCUCUGCUUCCCCUGCUGACUCUCCCCUUCCAUUACCACCACCACCAUCACUACCAUCAUCCUCCACCAUCACCUCCACCACCACCACCGCCCCACACAAGCAGAGGCGGGCAGCAGAUGAGGCAGCAGAUGGGAUUCAGUCCACAGUAUAUACCUCAUCGCAUUCAUGGACGCUAGAUUCCUCUUUGCCUAACUGAUUCCAAACACUUCUUAUCAAUUCCUGUCAUGUAUUCCUAGAGAUCUUGCUGUAGAGAGGCUUCAAUGGCCUUUUAUAUUUUUUUUUCUCCUCACUUCUAUAACUUAUUGCAGCAGUUUAAGCUCUCUCUUAUCCUUGCUCUACUUGCACACUCCCCUCCCUCUCUCCCUCCCCUCACACUGGGCAUCCAUUCAACUUCAAAAUCAAAACGUCUAGCCAAGUCACUUUCACCCAUCUCCACAUGAAGUGAAUCCUGCUUUUCAGAUUUCUUGAUCAAUGAUCAUCUUUCCAACCUGCAUGUUGAAGUUGAGAAAAGUAAUCAGUGAUACGAACGAAAUAUCUUUUUUGACGAUACCACAGAAAUAACACUACACACAAUAGUACUACAUGGACACACAAAUUAUUGUUUCACAAAAUAGUUAUAACAUUUCUAAGUAAAAAAAAGUAAUCAACUAAAGAUAAAAAAAACAAGUUGUCAGGAUAACCUACAAGAAUAUAAUAUAAGAAAAAAAAUUUCACAAUACGUUACAAUAAGAAAUAGUUAAAACCUUUUAUUCCAAGAGACUCCUGAAUCCAACCCUUUCCCUCCCUCCCUCCUUUCCUCACAUCCUCAAGAGUGGAAGCUGAUACACACCCUGAAUCUUGUGAUAGUGUUGUACAUACAUAGAUGAUAAGGCUAAGAGUGUACAUGUAAGUGGCAGUUCUAGUACUACAUACACAUCUACAAAGGAAUUAACACCAGACGUGAACUUAUUACAGUGGUGGUGUGUUCCCGUGUGUAGAAACUGGAUAACGUGCUGAGGUGUACAUAUAUAAUUACCUAUGUCGCUCCCUAGAGGGCCUGCGUGUGUGCAAUAAUGAGAAUCCCGAAAACAUGAAAGAGAGAUGUAUGGAAGGUGUUAUACGAGUGUUUUCUUCUUCUGCCUUCCCGUUGCUGUCGUGUGGCACCGGAACAUGAUGUGCUGCAUGACUUAGAUUGAGCUUAUGGUGUUAAGAGAUGCUCGGGACCAGAUUUUAUGGAUGGAAAUGAACCGUAGUAAUCAGUGGUGUCUGCUUAGUGAGUAACGUCAGAUAUUUAACCCUAAAAAUGCAUACAAUAUUACUACAAAGCUAGGAAACCAUAUGUGCUAGAAAGCAAGGGAGGCACAGAGGACAGACAGGAACACUGGAAUCUGUAGUGUGCACUCCAGAAUUGUUUAUGUGUCUAUGAAUGAUUCAACAUGUAUUUUUGCUACAAGAAUGCAUUUCACUGUAUCUGUGUGAUUCUCAAGUAUAAUGUUAGCCUGUAUCAUGGUUUGACUCUAAUAAUGGAACUUUCUCUACUAAGCAUCAUUGUUAAUUUGUUCUCCACUUGGCCUCUGGUCUGCUGAAUGAAGCUUGGACAUGCCAGGUUUCUUAUACAUAGAUAUUUUCUUUGUUACAGUCACAGUCAGAAGUAGAGUAAUGUUCCACAAUUAUUCCCACUGUGCCUAAUGUUUUCCCCUAGUCUUGAGUUCCCUGGUUUGAUGACACUCCUUACAAAACCAGACAGGUAACAUAUUCUUAGUAGAUCAGGGGACUUCAGACUUAAAUAAGAAGUGGAAGGUAGUGUGGUAUGUUACUAAAUUUCUGACCAUGACUAUACUUAUGCCUCCUGAAACUUUGUAAUCAGCAGAGUAGUGAGACUACAUGAUUGGUAUAAGAAGAAUGCCUGGCUGUCAAACUUCCUAACAUACAUUUACAUACAAACACUUUUUUGUAUCUUGUGUUCUCACCCUGACAAAAAUUUGCUGAGGUCUCAUUAAAAUUUCAGUAAGUCCUUCCUUCUCAUAUUAUAGAAAAUAUCACUGUCUUCUUUAUCAGAGGGUGUGUAGAGUAAGGCAUGCAAGUGCUGAUGUAGCAAGUGUCUGUACACCCAAAGGUAGUGUAGGAAGACUGAAACUUUGUAGGAAACAGAAAAGCAGAAGCAAUGCAAAACUGAAAUUUUGUGAAGAAAGAUAGUAUAUGAAAACUGAAACAUUGAAAAAAAGGCAACACAAAUCAGAAACAUUGGUCGAAGAAGAAACAUAACAUAGGAAACAGACACUCGAUCCAGAUUCACCUUCAAUAAGUCACCACUUGAGAUUCCACUCAGCUGGUGGACCUCAACUGUGAUGCCACUCGCCCCUUGUGUCCACAUCCACCACAACUUGUCAAUAAAGAAAUCUAUUAA